AUGAGUGCGCGGCCGCCUACCACCGCCACCCGUACGAAAAAACAAAACCAUGCCAACAUACCUUGUCCUAUCGAAGAUUGCGCAAGAUUCACUUAUGGAAAACUACCAGAUCAUCUCACCAAGAUCCAUGGUCUCACAGGCGCCGAACGAGAUGCGCUCAACGAGCAACAACGAAAGAGAUUCUUCAAUGGCGAACUAUGCCAAGUCCGCUAUCUCAAAGAAACAGCUAUUAGAGACCUCUGGGGCUCAGAUUACGAUGACCCUCGUAUUAGAGCUAAGAUACAUCAAAGCUAUGCGCUAGUUAAAAUACGCAUCAUUCCACUAGCGGCUACACAGAGAAGUCGGCCCCUGACUGAGCAAGACGCAAAUGUUCUGACAGCUUACAAUGCUAGGACUGCUCCAAGACCUGCGCGUGUCCAACGUACUAGAACUCGAGCGAGACCUUAUGCCGUACCAGAAACGAAUUCAGUUCAAAGUAGUUUGUCAAGCGAAUCGAGUGAAGAUGACAGUGCACGCAGCUCGUUGCCUUUAUCACCGCCCCCAUCGUCUCCGUCCCUACCGCCAUCACCGGCUCCCUAUGAACUACAGCCUGUAGAAACACGGCUACGAGAUAUUUUCGACUCUAAAAUUGACGCAGGGUACAAAGCUGUAAUUGAUGAUAUGAAGAAGUCAAUGACAAUGGGCAGAACACUUGGUACGAGGAAACGAAAAAUCUAUAGAACAUACCGCCGAUAUGCAAAGCGGCUAAUAGCAUUCUUACACCGACAGCAUUCCCCUUUAGCGUACGAUGUUGACGUGUUGUUAUGCGGAGAGAGACAAGUUUGCGCGUUUCUGGACAACAUAAGCCGAGAGCAUAAAACUAAAACCUUAAGAAACUACAUUGUUGGUGCAAUAAAGCUAUUGGAUUCACGGCUUUUCGCUUUAGAAAGAGACCCGUCAUGUAAAGAAAAGGUGGUGUCAAUGAACCGUGUGUAUGAAGUUUUGCUCGCACGACUAAACGAUUGCGACCGGCUGCUGGCCCAAAAAGAAAUGUCACAUCAUAAGGACACAACACCUGAAGAUGAUGAUUCCGAACAAGAAUUUGACGAUGCAUACGAUGGGCUGGUUUAA